AUGCUUAUUCAAAGAUUUGCAGAUGCUGCGAUGUUUCCAGGGACUUAUUCAUCUUAUGAGGUGACUUCAUAUCCUGAAAUAAUACUAUUACCUAGUCCAAUUGAUGUAAAUACUAAGAUGCCAUGCCUCCUGUUUACUGCAAGAAAAACUUCACAUAUUUUAAUAGUUUAUGCUCAUGGGAAUGGUGUUGAUAUAGGAGAACUUCAUGCCAGAUUUAAAUACAUGGGUGAUAGACUGAAAGUUCACUUUUUUGCAUUCGACUAUCCUGGUUAUGGAAAGCAUGGUGGAAGAUCUGAUGAAAGUACUGUUGAUAUGUGUAUGAAUAUUGUAAUGGGAUUCAUAACACAACAAUUACAAUGGCCACUUGAAAAUAUUAUUCUUUGGGGAUGUUCAAUUGGAUCAGGACCUACAACUCGCUAUGCAAAAAUAUUAAACCAAAAUAAACAGAAUUUGGGUGGGUUGAUAUUACAAUGCCCAUUUAAAAGUAUUAAACAUGCAGCAGAAUCUUUUGCUGGAAAGAUUGGAAGACUUUUGAUAACUCAAAGAUGGAAUGUUCAAGCGGAAGUUGCAGAGUGCUCUUGUCCUGUUUUAUGGAUACACGGUAAGAAGGAUAGUAUGUUCUCUUGGUUUGGUAGUUAUGAGAUGUAUAAUAAUUAUCAUACAAAUAAAAGAAGCUGUCAUUUUCCUGAUGAUGCAACUCAUCAUUUCUUUGAUAUGGAACAGGACAUAAUAAAGCCGGUUGAUAAUUUUAUACGUAAAUUCAUACUUGAAAAUACAAAAAAGAUUUGUAAUUUUAAAAAUAAUGGAGAAAAAAUGAAGAAUUUACGUGGAAGAAUUAGUCAAAGUACUCUUAACUCAUUUAGACCAACAGUAUUAGAUACCUAUUUAACAAGAAAUAUUAAUAUCAAAACUUCAAACAAUUCUUCAGGAAUAUCUUCUAAUUCUUCAAUGGCACUUAAUCCAACAUUAAGUAUGAGAAUUAUUGGUCCUAAGGAUUUUAAAACAGCAUUAUUUUUCUGGAGUGGUAAUCACGAUACUACUGAACCAUUUUCAUCAUCAGCUUAUUUAGAUGGUGAAUUUCCUGUCAAAUAUAUUUGGUUAAAUGGUGAAUCAGGUGAAUAUACAUCAAACAAUGAUGGUAAAUACUCAACUGAAAAUUUAACAGCUUCAUCUAGCUAUCUAAUUUCAUCAGAUGAAAGUGAAUUAGAUGAUGAUGAUGAUAAUGGAAUUCAUCUAAACUAUCCUUUAAGUCAAAUUAAUGUGGGAAAAACUUCCUUUAGAUAUAUAGGUAGGAGGUUAAAUAGAUAUAAACAAGUUCCCUUGCAAACAGGCUAUACUUUGCUGGGUGACCCAACUUAUUUUAGACAUGAAUGUCGGCAAAUGUUUGAAAAAUUAGGAAUAAAACCCUUCACAAAUUCAAAUGAGCUUCUCUUGAAUUUCUGGCCAAUUCAAAAUCUUUAUCGAUACUUAUACAAUCAAUUUAAAGUAUUCUUCCAAAUAAUUUUAGAACAAAUUGAAUUACAAAAUUUUUCAUUUAUUACCAAUAGUAAAGAUACAUUUAUGUCUAUAAUAUGUUGGGUAAGAAGGAUGUAUUAUCUUUAUACUCCUUCUUUAUUUAUGAAUACAAUUUAUGCAUAUCAAGCUGCUGUAGACCAAUGGGUAUUAGAUGGUGUUACUAUUGGCAAUAUUUAUGUUCAGUUACAAUCUAUAAAUGGUAUUAAGGGUAGAAUGGUAGUUAAUUUACUGGAAAAAUCUCCAAUAAGCAGAAAUUUCCCACCUCCAUUUUAUCUUAUAGUCCCUUUGUAUAUGCCACCUAAGCCAUACUUCCAACCUAUUGCAGAGUGGAUAGUAAGAUACAUGUAUCAUUUACAUACAAUGAAUGUAAAAACCGGUAUUAGUAAAAAUUCUAAGAUCAAGAGCAAAAGUAAUUUAAGUAGCUUUUCUACUUUAAACAGUUUAGAGACUACUUGUUUAUUGGAGGAACUAACAUAUUCAGUUUUAAAUAACUUUUUAUUAUGUAGAAAAAGACCUAAAUUAGAGAAACUAUGCUUAAUAACUGGAAUGGGAAAUUGGUUUCCCUUCGGAUGGGAUGAAUUUUUUAUUAAAUUAUUCGAAAUUAACAGUUCAUUUUAUAUACAUAAGAUGAAUUUAAGCUUUGGAAAUAUAUAUACUGAUGACAAUUUAAUGCGUUCAAUUAAUUAUGACCAAAGUUCUUUUUUAAAACUUUUAAUUCCACAUCAUUUACCCGAAUCAGCUUCUUUAGAGAUACUUUUCGGGAUUUUGAAGACCAAAAUAAAAACUAGGAGUGAGUGGAUAGAGAGUAUUAAAAAAGCAUCUUUAAGUUCAUCUAAUUGUUCAAAUACAAGUGAAAAAAGUGCAGCAAUGAAUGAAGUGGAAAUAUUGGUUUCAAGAGAAAAGGCAAUAGAUCCACUUAAAUCUUUUUCUCCUGAAGUAUGCCAAAACGUGUUCAAUACUUUAAUUUUGAUUAUAAAGAUGGCCUUAUUGCUCCCAUUUGGUAUAUCAAAUGAAUCAAAUGCUUAUGAAGAUACAAAUAAAAAUUAUACACAGCAAUUUACCUAUAAAGAAGUAAAUCCUAAAUCUUUAAAUGAAUCAAUAGAAGAAAACAAACAUACAGAUAAGGAAGAAUACUACUUUGUUAAUACUAAAAAUGGGAAACAAGCAAAUUGGAGUCAUAUUUUAGAAAGUAUGGAGACAUUUGCAGAAUUUAUGAAUAAAAUAAAUUAUUGUCAGGUAAAAUUACCACUGCCAGGAAUAAGUCAAAGUUUUAGAGGAAAAUUAACAAGUAACAAUAGGUAUUGGAAAAGGUAUAUUAGUGAAAAUAAUUUUAAAGUCUAUGAUACUUCGGAAACAGAGAUGAAUAUAUAUAAUGUAAUAAAGCUUACUGAAAUCCAAGAUAAAAUAACCUAUAUGUGUGAAACUGAUGGAUCUCAAAACCUUGAAACUCCAGUUUAUUAUGAUGAAAUUGAGUCACCAGAACAACAAGAUACUAGAUCAUUUCAUGGUAAGAUCAUAAUGAAAAGUUGCGAUGAUAAUAUUAAUAGUAGCAAAUGUGGGAGCGAAACGAACAUAAAUAUUUGUGAUAACAUUACAGAUAGUUCUAAUCAGGACAACAGCCAAAUUAACUAUAAUUCUAGUAAAAGUAAAGGUAUAGAAGAUGAAAAUGUAAAGUAUAUAGUAAAUAAGGGGAAAUCAGAUGAGUUACCACUAACGUGGGAAUCCGUACUAUUAAAUUCAAAAAAUCCCUUAAUGAUAAUAAAUAAAAUGAGUUAUCAUGACAAGAUAUAUAUGGGCAUGGCACCUUCAAAUUACACUAUUUUACACCGCUGGCUAUAUGAGAAGUAUCCAUUUUUAAGAUUAGAUCAUGAAUCUGAAUAUAUAUUUCAACUAUUAUGGCACUUUGCGCACUGUUGCUUAUACCACGGUGGCCUAUUAAUGAAACCUUCAAAUAUAUCAGAGGUAUCAAACCCAAAUAUCUCUGAAGUUUUUCAAUUAUGUUCGAAGGUAUAUCCUAUUCAGUGUUUACUUUUAAUUAUAAGUAUAACACGUCGUGCAAUUGAAAAUCCAAAUUAUGCUGAUAUUCCUCUAUUAAACUGGUAUGAAAAUAAUAAACUCGAUAAGAAAAGUAACUAUUUAGGAUUUAACUCAGCAUGUUCGCAUACCUCACUCUCUGAAAAUAAAUAUUUGUAUAUUUUAGAAAGUAUAUUGUCAAUAUCAAUGGAGAUACUAGAACAAGGUGUAUGUGAUCAAAUUGUUUAUUAUAAGAUCGACAAUGAUAAUAAUAUAAAUAUAGCUAACCCAGCAACUGAAUACCUUGAAACUAAUGUACAAGCUACGGAUAAAUUACUACCCUUUAGAAGUGAUUUAAUUCCUCCAUCAUGUUCAUCUACAAUUGAAUCUAUUCAAAAGCAAAAUAUUAAUGAUGAUGAGGAAGAUAAACAGAAAGUUAUUAUAUACUCAUCAUCUUCUCUAAUAGAUUUAAAUAGUAGCCAGAUUAGGGAAUCUAAGGAGCCAAAAUUCCCGAAAGAUACGCGAAUUUUACGGAUUCACAAUUACUCAACUGCAGAAAAUAAUAUAGGCGCUGACAAGGGUAUCCAUGAAAAUACAUUCCAAAUCCCACUAUCAGAGAUAACAACGAGAAAAUCGAGAAGUAUUUCACUUUCUCCAUUAAGGAUAUUAAAAUUUAAGAAGUAG